CCGGCGAAUAGUGUUUCGCCAUUUUGUUUUCUGAUUGGGAAGGGUUCUAAUUCCGUUUUAGCUGUCAAGCUGCAGCCGAGUUAACGGGUCGUGCUUUUCCAUUCUCCACGACCCGCUCUGUGGCUUAUUUUAGAGUAAUGGCAGAUAUCGAUAAGCUAAAUAUUGAUAGUAUUAUCCAGCGACUCUUAGAAGUGAGGGGAUCAAAGCCAGGAAAAAAUGUCCAGCUCCAGGAAAAUGAGAUCAGAGGUCUUUGUCUCAAAUCUCGUGAAAUUUUCCUUAGUCAACCUAUUCUUCUAGAACUUGAAGCGCCACUCAAAAUCUGUGGUGAUAUCCAUGGUCAGUACUAUGACUUGCUUCGACUGUUUGAAUAUGGAGGGUUUCCACCAGAGAGCAACUAUUUAUUUUUGGGUGACUAUGUUGACCGAGGGAAGCAGUCACUGGAGACGAUAUGCCUUCUUUUGGCAUAUAAAAUUAAAUAUCCAGAAAAUUUUUUCCUCCUUAGAGGAAAUCACGAAUGUGCCAGCAUUAACAGAAUUUAUGGGUUUUAUGAUGAAUGUAAAAGAAGGUACAACAUUAAGCUGUGGAAGACCUUUACAGAUUGCUUUAAUUGCCUGCCUAUAGCAGCUAUUGUGGAUGAGAAGAUUUUCUGUUGUCAUGGAGGAUUGUCACCAGACCUUCAGUCUAUGGAGCAGAUCCGACGAAUUAUGAGACCAACUGAUGUGCCUGACCAGGGUCUUCUGUGUGAUCUUUUGUGGUCUGACCCAGACAAAGAUGUCCUAGGAUGGGGAGAGAAUGACAGAGGAGUGUCAUUCACAUUUGGAGCAGAAGUAGUAGCAAAGUUCCUCCAUAAACAUGACUUGGACCUAAUCUGCAGAGCUCAUCAGGUGGUAGAAGAUGGCUAUGAAUUCUUUGCAAAGAGACAGCUGGUGACUUUAUUUUCAGCCCCAAAUUACUGUGGAGAGUUUGAUAAUGCUGGUGCAAUGAUGAGUGUAGAUGAAACAUUGAUGUGCUCUUUUCAGAUAUUAAAACCAGCAGAGAAAAAAAAGCCAAAUGCAAGCAGACCGGUUACCCCACCAAGGGGCAUGAUCACAAAACAAGCCAAGAAAUAGGACAGUCUGGCAUUGCCUAGUUGGACUUGUAUGAUAGUAUAAUCGCCAUUUUUAACAUUUCCUUUUUGUGUAAUGUGUAUUGGUCGACUUGCUUGAAGUAGAUUUCUACAUGUCUUGUGGUUUCUCUGCUGUGGUUUUAAUGAACUGCCUUUGCUGCAUGCAGCAGCAGCAACUCAACGGUUCUAGAAAGGAUGGAUGAAUACUAAGUUUAUAAACAAUUGACUGGUUACUCUGCAGAAGUUAUGUACAAUCCACUGCAGUUUAUCUUCGUUCCUCAAUAUGAUUUUAAAGUUGACUGGAUAGUAAUUUUUUUUUUAAUUUUGGUAGUCCAUUAUAGCAUAAGUUCCAAGGAUUCAUGGAGGCACUAGUGUGCUGGUGAGACAUUUAAGGUUUGUCAUGUUGGAACCUUCAUAUUUCUACAGACCACUGUGAAAGUAAUUUAGAAUUCAGACUUUGCUUUUAUUUUCUAUUUUAAAAGGGAUUGCAUUUUCCUUGUUUAAUGUACACUUGUUUCAUAUUUGUCAUAAUAGAAAAAAUUGUCUUGCCAGCAUCACUGGAAUUGAUGUAUAUUUGAGUAAGCACAUUUCCCAUGCUGUAUACUUUAAAUGACAAUUAAAAGCCAUUAUUUUA